AUGGCAGGAAGUUCAGUGACAUUAUGUGCAGACAAGCUGUUUAAAGUUUUAGUCAUUGGGGAUCCAGGCGUUGGAAAAAGCAGCAUUAUCUUACGUUAUCUUAAUAAAUGCUUUGAUGAAAGAUAUAAAGCAUCUAUUGGAGUAGACUUUGCUCUAAAAACAAUUGAAUGGGAUGCCAAGACAGUGGUGAGACUCCAGCUUUGGGAUAUUGCAGGCCAGGAGAGGUUUAAGAAGAUGUCCAGAGUGUACUACAAGGGUGCUAUGGGAGCAUUAGUGGUCUUUGACAUCACAAACAGCUCCACCUUGGAGGCUGCCUCAGAGUGGAAGCAGGACCUCGAUAGCAAAGUCUGUCUCGACAAUGGACGUCCGGUCCCUGCCAUCCUGCUGGCCAACAAAUGUGACAUGACAGAAAGGGACAGAGACUUGAUGUCCUCUCUGGACAGCUUCUGUAAAGACAACAGCUUCAUGGGUUGGUUUGAGACCUCUGCAAAGGAGAACAUAAAUAUUGAUGAGGCAGGUGCCUUCCUUGUCAAACAAAUGAUGCUCUGUGACACCGGCCUGUUCGAUGAAGAGCACCACUGGGACUGGAUCAAAGUGAGUCAGGCUCCAGGAGAGAGUCAGAGCCAGUCAUUGUGCUGCUGGAGACGACGGCUCUGA